GUAAUCAAAUAUCUGCUAGUGUGAUUGUGUUACUCACCAACACACAUUUUGUUGGACAACUUUAAAAUACAAUAGUAAUUACCAUUUGAAUUAUUACAAAAUAAAUAUGAAACUAUAGUAUUCAAAGUAUUAAAAUAUUAUCAAAGUUAUUCUAAAUCACAACUAUCAAAAUGCCUGGUUGUGCAGCAAUAGGUUGUAAUAAUCGAAGUGAGAAAGGUUACACAAUGAAAUGUUUUCCUCGGGAUCCAAACUUGAGAAACCUUUGGAAACAGAGAGUAGGAAGAGCUGAUUGGGAACCAUCUAACAACUCAUUUCUCUGUCAUACCCAUUUUGAAGCAAAUCAAUGGGUAUUGACACCAAGUGGGAGAGUGAAAUUAAAAAAAGGUGCUGUACCUUCCAUAUUUACAGUAACUUCCACAAGGAAAUCUCCCAAGAAAAGGCAAAAACUAGGAUCUCAAGAAAUAAUUGAAGAGGAUUUUGAUGAAGAGUAUGAGGUUGAAUUUUUGGAUGGCGAUCGACCUAUCAUAUUAAACUUGCCUAAUCAGACUGUUGUGCCAAAUUAUAUUAAUGUACAAACUCAGAAUGCAGUGAUACCAACUGGCCAAUUUUUACAAAAUAUUAAAAUUGUAAGUAGUGAUGCCUUGAAGGAUUUGAGAAAUGAAAACAUAAUCAUUGUAUCCGAUGAGAGUAGUAGGGAAAUUGGAAAAAUAGUAAGUGAUAAUAACUUUAUAUUUUUAAGAAAUGAUAUAGGAAAAGAAAAUGUGCACAUUUUGCCACAUUCAGAGAAAACUACUAGUGCAUCAAGAAUUAAAGUAGAAGUGAAGGAGGAAGUAAUUGAAAAUGGUUUAAGUAAUGAUGACUAUGAUCAAAUUGAGAGGAAACUUGAAGAAAUUUGUCAAUCUGGAAACGAAACUGAUUAUUCUAAUAAUGCUGAAAACACUAGAAAAAUAAAUAGUCAAUCAAUUGAAUCAACUAGUACAUUUAGUUUGGAUGACCUAGAAAAUGGUGUAGAUAGUACAAGUGACAAUUCAAUUCAAGAAACAGAAUUAACCAUCACAAAAACAGGUACUAAGCGCAAAACAAUAAAAAAAAUAGAAUCUCUAAUUGAUAAUAGUGUCAUAGCAACUAGUCAAAUUACUAAUGAAAUUGAUGAUACACGACUACCAGAAAAUAUUAGCAAUAUCAUUCAAGACCUAGAAUCAAACAAGUCUGCAGAAUCGAGUGAUGUACAAACCAAAUCUGUUUCUUUAUUGACAAGUGAAACUGUUCAAAAUACUCAAAUAAUUAAAUCAAAUAAACCUAUUAUUAAAAAUGAUAUACAAUUAGAAUUCAGAAGUGAAAUUCUUAAUAGGCCACUACAAAUUAAACAGAAAAAUGCAACUAGUACGAUUAAUCCUACAUGUUCUAAUGAGUUGUUAAACAAAUUAGAUAUACAAGGAGAAGUAAUAGAGAGACUAACACAUCAAGUGAUUAUGUAUAAAGAUAUGGAUUAUAAAAUAAAAAAAUUAACUCAGGAACUACAAAAUAAAAAUAAGGAAAUAGAAUUGCUAAACCGCAGAGCAGCAUCCAAAUAUUCACUUGAGAAAAAAAGUUUUAAAAGCGACUUUCUAAAUUUGAAUAAUGGUAAUGUAAUGGAUUUCCAAAAUAAAAUAGACUUCUUAGAAGACAAAAACAAAAAGCUCCUGAAAACAGUUACGUUAGAAACUCAAAAUCGUCGGAAAUUAGAGUGUCGAGUGAAAAAUCGAGACAAUAAAAUAAAAGAAUUAAAUUGGAAACUCGAGAAAGCAUCCAAAUUUUUAGACAGAGCCGAAAAAAAUGCCUACAACUACAGAAAAAAAAUGUUAAGUAUGCAAGCUCUUGUCAGGCGAAAAAAGCUUAUGCACGAGAAGAAUAGUUUAUUAGAUGAAUUCCUUAUUGGACAAUCUGACCAAAAUUAUUCCGAAAACGCUCGAAGAAUGGCUUUGGAAAUCGAGAAAGCUUGUGGUCAACAGGGUUAUUUAAAAUUAAUGGAAUACGAAUUUCCAUUGCCAAAUUUGAAGGAUUUGCACGGAAGUUUUAACGGAAAUGUAAAUGAACUUGGAGAUGAAGAUAUUAUAGCUGAAAGUAAAAAUUCGGAUAAAAAUAACGAUAUGAUUUAUAUCGAAAAUGUAAAAGAGGAAAAGAAUGAGAUUGUAGAGAAUAACGAAACCAACGAAAAUGAAAAAAAAGAUAGUGAAGAUAUGGAGUAUGUAGAAUUUAUAGAUUUGGAUUUAUUGAAUGAAUCGCAUGAAACUGUGAGUGGUACUGUACAGGACAUCUUCAAUGAAAACAGUGACAAUGAGGAAAUGGAUUUGGAUGAAUUAAAAAAGCAUAUCAUGAUUAAUUUUAAUGAUAACACGUAGUCACAUAAAAAUGUAAAUUUUAUGUAAAAAAAUUUUGUUGACUUGACGGAUCUAAAAAAUCAUUUAUAUCCAUGUAGCUAGCUAAAACGAAAGUUGAAUUUUUUUUUAUAACAUCGACUCAUUCAAGUAUUAUCGAUUAAGUUGAAUGAUUUUUUAUAGGAGUGAUGUAAAUAUAUGCAAAAAUCGAACAGUCUUGAUAAUUAAUGUACUUAUUGUUUUAUCCAAUUCGUUACAAUAAAGGGGGUAGUACAUUAAAAAUUGAAAAAUUUUAAAGAAAUUGCCAAAGAAAUUGGUGAACAGGCGCGCGCGCGCACACACACACACGCACACACACACGCGCACACACACACACAAACACACACACAAACACACACGCGCGCGCGCGCGCGCGCGCGUAUAUUGUAUAUUGUACAUAGAUUAGAAUGUAUAAAAUUUUUUUCAUGUUUAACACAAAAAAUAGAAUUUUAUGAAUGCACAUGUUUUUAUACGACACUGUUUAUGAAAAACUAACAAAGAAAGACACUUCCGUAAUAAAAACCAUGGAAGACAAUUGUAAACAUUCUUUAUUCAUGUGAAAUUCGAGGUUAACGCGUUUAUCAAAAGAAUUUUUAUACACAUACUCUUACUGAGCAAAAACUCAUGUAAAUAUUGAUUCAUGGA